AUGCCACUUGUAAAUAACAAAGUAGGCGAUGAUUGCACAGUCGGCACAGAAAAGGCUUCAGAUGAUGGAAAAGCUCUGGUGGAGUCUUUGAUAAAGGUGGUGGCAUGUUACAGGCAUCUGGCCUCAUGCAUUGGUGGGUGCACAGACAGCUUGCAGCUGCGAGAUGAGCUGCGACAAACACGAGAAAAGGCCCAAAAGUUGGCCAUGGCCAUCUGUCAAUACCUGACCUCACACCUGCGGGACAAGAGCCUCCCUGAGGAGCAGCGUAAGGAGAUGGAGCUCCUCUGGGUGGCCUUCUCCUCCAGCCUGGAGCUCCUCCAUGUUGACAUGUGCAAAGUUUUCAAGAUCGCUAACAUCUUCAGUCUGGCUGACAUGACUUCUUUAGUGCAAACUGGCUUACAAGGAGGAGGCACUGAAGUAGCAGCUCGGGCACUUAGUAUGCCAGACCUGAAGGAAGAUCAGACUCCAGCCCUCCCUGAAGGCCUAGAGAGCCAGGAACGCAGCACCAUGGAGCAGGAGAUCAGCCAAAUUGACCAGAUGAUCGACGAUAUGGAGAAGAAAGUCAACGUAUUGCGCUGGAUGGUGGAGCCUCUCGGGCCGCUGUACGCUGACCCAGUUAGCCGCACCGGCAGCGCCUCCCUGGCUAUUAUCUCAGUUGACGAGGAGCAGCCGGGCCAGCCUCUAUGCCAGCGCAGUCACAUCGUUGUGCUCUUAUUCAUAUGUGCUGUUGUAAUAGUAGCAGCCAUUUUGUCUGUCUGUGUUGUCUUUUUAUUAUGAGAAAAAACUUUAAUAUACUUUUUUCCCCAUCAAAACCUCAGCAAGAUGCUCAGUAAGAGGAAAUAUAAAGGAAUUGACA